GUUUUACUACCCCCUCCUCCUUGGUUACACAGUAAUUUGGAGCAAAAUUCCUGGCAAGGACAGAUCAACAAGUGUCAGCUCCCAGUCGGAGAGAAAGGGCCUCUUCAGUUCUGUCUCAGGAGACUGGGAGAAGCAGCAGAAAGGACCCCACAAGGAAGGGAGAGGUACCCUGGGUCAGGUGCCUGUGGAGAGAGGGCUUCACAUGUGAAGUGAGGUCAGGAAAAAUAGAAUAGAACAAAGCCAGGGCCAGCCCAGAGACACCUAAGAAGAAUCAGACUCACAGCUCAGCCCAGCCCUGGCACAGAGAAGAGACAGGCCUGGCAGCACCCAGGGACCCCCUUUCCUCAGCCUCCACCUGCAGGACAGCAGGAGCACUGAUGCACUGAAGGUAUGUUCUGGAGUCUGGACGCAGCAGAACUGAAGGAAGUAAAGAUGGGUGUCUGGGAAGACGGCUCAAGCUGCAGUAAAGCCCAGGACUGAAUUGGCCGCCUGAGGCCAAGGGUGGCACUCCAGCCUCCCGGAGGCUGGCUAGAGCCACAGGAAAGGGCCAGAAGCCAGAGAAAGGGCAAAGGUGGACACCCUGCCUCCAUACCUCCUCUGGAGACUGACCUCCUCUUUCCUGUGCCUUAUUGUUUCUCCCUCUUCUCUUUGUUCGCCACUGGGCAGUGACCUCAGGGAUCCUGGCCUAAGCUGGUGACUGUGCAGGCAAUGCAUCCGAGAAGACCCUUCUCUGGAAGGCUGAACCCCAAUUCAGCCAUGGUGACUCCUUUGACAUCAAACUGGUAAGGGCUGUGAGCUGUAGGCACAGGAUACCCCUCCUUCCAGCUCUUCUGUUGUCAUCUGCCCAUGGAAAUCCCUGCAGACGCGAAAUCCUGCUUGGAUCAUCUAACUGGAGACUCUCUGUUCUUCACCUCCACGCGCCCUCUUGACCCCAGGAGGUUCAGGGGAGGAAGUACGCCAGUCUCCACUGGCACCCUCCUUGGCCUACAGAGUCACCCCUGAGCCCCUCAAUGUGUGCUGAGGUGGGCCCUGCUCUCUGCAGGGGUAUGGAGAGAAACAGCUUGGGGUGCUCUGAGGCCCCGAAGAAGUUGGGCCUGUCCUUCUCCAUCGAGGCGAUCCUAAAGAGGCCUGCCAGGAGAAAUGACAUGGACAGACCAGAAGGGCCAGGCGGAGAGGGCCCCGGAGAAGCUGUGGCCUCAGGCUCUGGGCUAGAAAAGCCUCCACAGGACCAGCCCCAGGGUGCUGACAUCAAGGCCACUGACCCAACUUGGACCCUCUCCCAUGCAGAAGGGAGGAAGAGCAAGCGGAGGGUUCGAACCACCUUCACCACCGAGCAGCUGCAUGAGUUGGAGAAGAUCUUCCACUUUACUCACUACCCAGACGUUCACAUCCGCAGCCAGCUGGCAGCCAGGAUCAACCUUCCAGAAGCUCGGGUGCAGAUCUGGUUCCAGAAUCAGCGAGCCAAGUGGCGGAAGCAGGAGAAGAUUGGCAGCCUGGGGGCUCCACAGCAGCUGAGUGAAGCCAGCGUGGCCCUGCCCACAAAUCUGGAUGUGGCUGGGCCCAUGUGGACAUCCACUGCUCUGCACAGGCUGGCUCCUCCCACAAGCUGUUGUCCAUCGGCUCAAGAUCAGCUGGCCUCUGCCUGGUUUCCUGCCUGGAUCACCCUCCUCCCAGGGCACCCAUGGGACACACAGCCUGUCCCAAGUCCUCCCAUCCAUCAAACUUGCAUCCCUGUGUUAUGCAUCCUUCCACCUCCACACCCUAAAUGGGGCAGCAUCUGUGCUACUUCAACAUAGAGAUUGGACAUCCUCUCCCAAAUGAGCCAUUUUCCUAUCUAGGUGAAGGCAGGUAGCAGAUGUGCCCUGGGCCUCUGGGGGAAUCGAUCUCACAAUCCAAAAAUGGUCCACAGCCCAGGAAGCUACCCUGAACAUGCCAGUUGGAAAGCUGCACCAGACUCGAAAGCAAAGUAAACAAUAAAGGACAGCUCUCGUCUCUCCUGGCUAAAGCUGCUCUCCUGGUUCAGAAGACAGGCUGGAUGAGAUCUUAGGCUGAGCUCCGAAAUAGGGAGAUAAUCCUCCAGCACCUGUGCUUCCUCUAACUUGCUGUGUGACCUCCAGCCGGUCACUCACCCUUUCUGGACCUCAUCUGUAAGAGGAGCCAGCUGGAUGAGAUGAUUUCUGAAGACCCUUCCAUGGUGGGCACCGAGGCACGGAGGAGGCCAAGGAGAGGUUGUUUGUUCAUGCAUGCGUUCAUCCAUGACACAGGAGUACCUACCGAGGACUCCAUAAACAGAACAGGAUGUAGAGAUAAACAAUUCGGGUUCUGUCCACGGUUGUCAAAGGGUGGUUCUGGCCCACUUCUGAAAGCAGAAUACUUGCUCAACAACCUUGUUGUUGUCCCAAAUCUAACACAUUCUUUAUGACUGUGAGCAUCUCAGAGUGAGAGAAAAAUGCAGAAAGUUUUUAAAAUUCUGAACAGGAUUUAGUGUCUUUCGUUAUCUCGUUGGAUGGGGAAGGGAUGUUGUCAUUUCUGGCACAGAUGAAAAGUAGAACGGUAAGCUCUUUUCAUUCAGUUUAUCUUUCUAGGAUAUAUGAAAAGGGACCAGCUGGAAGACCAGCCUCACUCUGUCCUCGAAAGUCUAAGCUUUCAUUCAACUCCCUAUUUCCAUGCAAAGACGCUGGGCAAACCACAUGUUCUGUCUGAGCCUCAGUUUUCCUAUCUGUAAAAUGAAGGUAGCCUGGCCUGCCUCAAAGAGCAUUCAGGAGGCUCCGAGAGGACAUGAGUGUACUUUGCAAAGUGAGGGCAAGACCCAGUGUGGAGUGACAUCGUUAUUCCAAGAUUCCACUGCAAAAGUGGCUGCUUUGGAUCCCAGCCCAGGAUGAGUAGUUCUUGCUCUCAGGGAGGUCAUCCGCUGAGUGUCCCUUCUGCACAGGUGUCUCUGAUUCUUGUCCUUGCAGGUGAAAGACAGGGCCCUGCUCCCCUAAGCUGGCAAGCCUGGAAUGACCUCUUGGACAAGCCUAAAGUAAAUUCCAGGAAUCUUCCCCAAAUCCCAGAUCCUCUGCAAUCUACCUGCACCCCUGACCCACCCAGGAGUUGGACCGGGAGUUGGGAAGCCUAGGUCUUAGUCCUACACUCCUUCUAAUUUGCUGUGUAACCUUACCAUUAAUCUCUCUGGACCUCAGUUUUCUCAUCUGUUUUGGAGCUAGCAAGGCUAGCUCUGCCUUCAGGCAUGCAAUAUGCCAGAACUACAGACAACAGCCCACAGGAUGCAAAAGUGCUUUGCCAUCUUAAAAGUGCCAGAUCACCCAGAGCCUAUGAAUGUGGAUAUCAACACCAGGUCUCUAGCACCCUUGGAUGAAAGGAGGCGGCUAGAGGCUGAGGGAGGAAAGAUCAGUUAACAAACAAAGGCAGUAGCUCAUCACUUGGGUAGCAGGUACCCAUUUUACAACCCUAAACCUAAAUGUGCAAAAUAAAAUUUCUAUCAUUUUGCUAUAA